UAUCACCACCGAGUUGCACGUCACAAGCCCUUCCUAUCACCAGCGGCUGUCCGGAAACGUCUCAUUUGGGUAAAGGAGAAUAUGACAAGGGAUUGGAAUGAGGUUAUCUGGACUGAUGAGGCAAAAUUACCAGGUGAAGAAUUUCUUCCCGAGAACAUACAGCCAACCUUCAAGAGUGGUCGCAAAUCCAUCAUGGUAUGGGGGUGUAUUGCAUAUGGUGUGAAAGGUUCACUGAUCAAGCUGGGGUUCCCACCUGCAACCAUG